CUCCAGCCCCGCCCCCUCCAUGCAACAGCCAAUAGGAGCGGGGGGGCGGGGCACGAGGCGCGGCCCCCACGUGCGCGGAGGGGCGCGGAGGGCGCAACGCAUGGAGGAGGCGGCGGGGGGGGCACCGAACCCGAACCCGAACCCGAACCCGAACCCGAACCUCAACGCGGGGAGGGCCCGAAUGGGGCAGCCCCCAGCGCAGAACCCCCCCCAAAAGGGCCGGGAGUUCUUCAGGGGACAGCGGAAGGAGUCCGAGGGCUCCGUGGAUUUCCCCACCGUGGAGUUCGAAUACGGGGACGCCGACAGCCGCGGUGCAGAGCUCGCAGAGCUGUACAGCUACACUGAGGAGCCCGAGCUCAGCACCAACCGGCGAUGCUUCGAGGAAGAGUUUUGCCCCCAAGCGCGGGGUCGGCAGUGGAUGGAGCUGGACACGGCGCAGCAGAGGGCCCACGUGCUGCGGCUGCUGGAGGGGCUGGAGGUGGUCAGCAGGGAGCGGCGGCUGCGGGCAGCGCGGGCCAUCCUCUACCUGGCACAAGGAGUGUUUGGAGACUGUGAGAGCGAAGGCGAUGUCCUGCACUGGUCACGGCACAACAGCUUCCUGCUGUACCAGCUGGGCACCUUCAGCGCCUUCCUGGAGCUGCUCAGUAUGGAGAUCGACAACAGCCAGGCGUGCAGCAGUGCACUGCGGAAGCCGGCCAUCUCUCUGGCUGACAGCACCGAGCUCAGGGUGCUGCUCAGCGUCAUGUACCUGCUGGUGGAGAACAUCCGUGUGGAGAUGGAAACGGAUCCCCCGGAGUGGAAAUCCUGCCGAGAGACCUUCAGGACCGAGCUGAGUUUCUCUGUGCGCUCCGAUGAGCCCUUUGCUCUCUUGCUCUUCACGAUGGUGACCAAGUUCUGCAGCGGCCACGCUCCGCACUUCCCUAUGAAGAAGGUCCUGCUCCUGCUCUGGAAGGUGCUCCUGUUCACGCUGGGAGGAUUUGAAGCCCUGCAGACAAUGAAGGUGAGGAGGAGGGAGGAGCUGGGGCUGCCUCCCCUGCCCGAGGACAGCAUCCAGGUGAUGCGCAGCAUGCGUGCUGCCUCACCGCCCACCUGCUCCAUUGAGCUGGCUGAGCAGCAGCAGAAGCGUGGCCAUCGCAGCCGGCGGCCUUUGAUGAAGCAAGACAGCCUGGAUAUUUACAACGAGAGAGACCCCUUCAAGAGCGAUGAAACAGGAGUUGACGAAGAGGAGAGUGAUGAAGUGGAUGGUGGGAUUGAGGGGGAGCUGGACCUGAUGGAGCGGGAUGCACUCCUCCCUACCAUACCAGCCCAGCGCCCACCUAUAGAACGGGUGUUGUUCCCCAAAGGGCUGCCCUGGGCCCCCAAAGUCAGGCAGAAGGACAUUGAGCACUUUCUGGAGGCGAGCAGGAACAAAUUCAUCGGCUUCACUCUGGGACAGGACACCGAGACCCUGAUAGGGCUGCCACGACCCAUUCAUGAGAGCGUGAAAACGCUGAAGCAGCACAAGUACGUUUCCAUCUCAGAUGUCCAGAUCAAGAAUGAGGAGGAGCUGGAGAAGUGCCCCAUGUCCCUGAUCGCUCUGCUGAAGAUCCUCCUUGCUGCAGCGCCCACCUCCAAGGCCAAAACUGACUCCAUCAACAUCCUGGCAGACGUCUUGCCUGAGGAGAUGCCCAUCACUGUCCUGCAGAGCAUGAAGUUGGGGAUUGAUGUGAACAGGCACAAGGAGAUUAUUGUGAAGAGCAUCUCGGCUCUACUGCUGCUGCUCCUCAAGCACUUCAAGCUGAACCACAUCUACCAGUUUGAGUAUGUGUCCCAGCAUUUGGUGUUUGCCAACUGCAUCCCGCUGAUCCUGAAGUUCUUCAACCAAAACAUCAUGUCCUAUAUCACUGCCAAAAACAGCAUCUCUGUCCUGGAUUACCCGCACUGUACAGUCCACGAGUUGCCUGAGCUCACUGCAGAAAGCCUAGAAGCCGGAGACAACAACCAGUUCUGCUGGAGAAACUUAUUCUCCUGUAUUAACCUGCUGAGGAUCCUGAACAAGCUGACCAAGUGGAAGCACUCGAGGACAAUGAUGCUGGUAGUCUUCAAGUCGGCCCCGAUACUAAAGCGAGCUCUGAAGGUGAAGCAGGCCAUGAUGCAGCUGUACGUCCUCAAACUCCUGAAAAUCCAGACCAAAUACCUGGGACGUCAGUGGAGAAAGAGCAACAUGAAGACCAUGUCAGCCAUCUACCAGAAGGUGCGACACCGCAUGAACGACGACUGGGCGUAUGGCAAUGAUAUCGAUGCGAGGCCAUGGGACUUCCAGGCUGAAGAAUGCACACUGAGAGCCAGCAUUGAAGCCUUCAACAGCCGGAGAUACGACAAACCUCAGGAUUCAGAGUUUGCACCGGUGGACAACUGCCUGCAGAGCGUGCUGGGGCAGCGGCUGGAUCUCCCCGAGGACUUCCACUACUCCUAUGAGCUGUGGCUGGAGAGGGAGGUAUUUUCCCAGCCCAUCCGCUGGGAAGAGCUGCUGCGCUACCAGUGAGAGCCACCACGUCACCCGUCCCAUCCCAACAGGGACUUCAGGUGCUACAGUGAGGAAAGGAAGACAAUUUUAAGUAAAGCUGGAAGAAAAUCACAUUUCUAAAGAGUCCAGGCCUCUCUGUAACCAUCCAGACACCUCAACACUCAUUUUCUUGGCAGUCUUCCCUUUGUUGUGACCUCUUGGAGGCCAUGAGGUACCAACAGACCUGCAUGGAGGCCAAGGACCAGGUUCCAGCAUCUCAUUGGUGCCAACAUCAGGAGUGACCUCACCUGGUUUUCACUGAAGAUUUAUGACUGUGUAUGAGAGAUCUGAGUCUGUGCUGUCCCUUAGCUUGUUAAGUCUGUUAUAAGAGUAUCUCAGCUUUGAUAAGUCUUCAUCUCACCCAGAUGCCUGAGCUGAUGCAUUUUCAUUUGCUCAGUUAUGAUGAUGUGCUUCAAACACCACACUGCUAUGAUGAAGUAAAACACACAAAAUAGGUGGCACCGUCUAUGACAGUCCCAAGUAGAGCUGUAUGACUUGGCCAUAGGGCAUGACAUUACCACUUGCCCCCAGGGCAGCAGCACUGCUGGGAUUGUAUGGCAGAUUUACAGAUUUCUUACACAAUUUUUGCAUUAGUCACUAGGUAUAGUGAUGCACUGCACUACCUUUAUCACUGCUUCACUUUCCUUCACUCCUCUGCUCACUGCUAUGAGAGUAAAACAAAUGACAAGCUUUGCAGGGCGUAGAGCUGCAGAGGAGGUUCACUGCCAUGUUUCUUUCCACCUGCAUUAAGUCCAGAAUUACUGGCCCAGAAGUUACCAACCCAAACUACAGGAUGUCUAAACAUGCCACAGAAAGGUUUUAUUUUUCUCAUCGAGCAAGAUGCUCCAUUACAAAGUCCAUACAGGAAAAUAAAAUGCAGCAGGCUGAUUGUUUUUGAAGGAUAAUUACUGCAACAUUAGGUUUCCAGAGAGCUUCAUUGCUCUUUACCCUUUGCAGCCCUAUAGGAGACAGCACGCGCCACGUCUUCUGGAAAAUAACCUGAUUUUUGCACAGGAUUUUGGUUCUCUAGGAGGAUGUUUGUGCUGAGUCUUAAAGUGGGAAGGAAGAGUGCUUUGGGUACCACUUUGCUGCCAAUGUAUGACAGUAACAGCAGAUGGUGCAGUCCAGAACGUUCAGACUCACACAAUGAGCUGUGAGUGUGGUGACAGUAUGAAAGAUUAUAAGAGAUGAAAGAUUACAUCUUUUUCUACAGAAUGCUGUCAGCCACUCACAGGGAAUCCUGGUCUAACUUUUCCUCCCUUCUGAAAUCAGUUCUUUUGUCAAAGAAAAAUGUGUCAAUAUAGUGCAGGCAAAACUGUAUUUCUCCCACACUGUACGGCUACCAACACACAGAGCAUGCAGGUGAUAAAACCACAGGUAUUUGUCAUGGCAGGAUUUGUGCUUAUUGCUGUGGAACUGAACUGAGAAUGUUUUCUUAAUGUGGUUUGCAAAAGGCACUUUUCAAAGAGCUGCCAUUAGUAAACCCGCUCACCUCUUUAGGAAUGCUUCUGUUCACAAUAAACCAGAGUGACUUUUCAAGUCCAAUCAUUCACGUGAA